AUGGAACAGCAAUUCUCUACCUCCAAAGUCACAGUCGAGUACUUCGACCCUCACGACGUCUUCAAGCUCUUGGCCCCCGGACUAGUGCCCCGACUUCCCUUGCGCAAUCUACAUUGGCAGUCUCAUGCCGGACCGUUGAGAUCUAUCGACACCCUCCAUGUCGAACUUCUUCGUUCCGGCGACAGGAACGCCGUAAGUUCCCCAACAACCUCCACGUCUACAUCUCAAGGGCUGGACAGCGCCACCACUCGUGACGACGGCUUCCAGACCCAGAUCGGCGCCACCCAAUCCUCCGACGCCGUCGACCAGACCGCGAACCGCAUCAACACGCCUAUACGCCGCCAUCAGAUCCCCGGGUUGAGACGCACACCGUAUCUCAAGGUGCUGCUCGUACGAUGCGACGAUAACGACUCUUACAAGGGCCACGUGAGGCAGGAGAUACGUGACUGGAUCAAGAACCACAUACCUUCGUCUAGUUCCAAAAAGAGCACCGCCGAAAACCACGAUGCCUUUGAAUGGCUCAUCGUCCACGUUGUAAUCCCAAACACAGUUGCUGCGACCCAGCCCCGCGACUCGGGUUCCAUAGCCGAGAAAGCUUCUGCCCCGUCGAGAUGGAGACCAGGUUCGAGCACGCUCCUCGAGAAGAUGAGGUCGGAUUUUAAUACCUCGAGCAAGGGAACGACCGAGCGACUUGCCCAAAUACGUAUUGGCGUCAACGAUGUUCCUUACGAUAGUCUACCCCGUGUGGUGCCGGCUGUGCCAAGUGGCUACACCGAGUCAGAACAAGAGACCGAGAACUCCUGGACCGACCUGAUUUCCAAAUUCAGGAGUCUCAUUCUUUCUAGCUUUGACCUGCGCGUUAGUCAAUACGAGGAAGACAUCAAGGAGAAGGACUCGCAGAGGAGCCUACCCGGAUGGAAUUUCUGCACCUUUUUCAUCCUCAAGGAAGGGCUUGCCCGAGGCUUCGAGAGCGUCGGCUUAGUAGAGGACGCUUUAGUCGUCUACGACGAGCUAAGCGUGGGGCUUGAUAUGGUCGUCGAGGACCGAGUUGCUGGUCGACCGAGGUCCGCUGCGAAUGCCCUCCUAAGCUAUACCAAGGAACUCAAGCAGAUUGCCCUCAAGGCCAGGGCAGCAAUUAUCGGGGUCGAAUACGACGACGACGAUGAACAGGUAGUCGACCUACAAUCUUCCCAACCGGAAAGCGCCCAACCGAAGGACUUGUACGACGAUAUCCCUAUUAGCUCUACUAAGAAGCCUUAUCGUGACAUGAUUGUCGCCAACAACGUGUCUGUUUUUGAUUUUAGAUGUUACAUUUUCGCCAGGCAGAUAUCUCUGUUAUUGCGGCUUGGAAAUGCGUGGUCGACAAGGGAAGAGCUGCUAGCAAAGCUCAAGGAGCAGCAGGAGUCGGUACUACACGGAGUUGCACCCCGGGCGCCGCCCCCGAAGCAAAAGGAGGACGAACAUGAGGAUUUGAACAUGCUGGCCGAGAUAUGUCGACGGACGCUAGAAUUCAUCCCCACCCUGUCGCAGGUUAUGAGAGAUGAUGUCUUUACCGCGUUGUCGGAUCUCGCCAAAACGGAUGAAGACAACGCCGCCUCCGGAAUUCACGCCGAUCUUCUCACAUCGGAGGUGGUCGAUAACCUUGUUGCUUCUUUUGCUUUCUCCAUUGCGCAGCAGAUUCUCGCUCAGACAUCUACUAAAGCUUUACCUAUACCCCCGUCUACACUAGCCUCGACGGACGGUCACGAACAGAAGUCGGCAAUACCCGAGCUCAAGACAACGCUGCAUCCGGCUAGAAACUCCUCUCUAGCGGUACGGGUGGGAGGCACCACUAAUGUUGGUCGUCCGCCUCCGAGUCCGAAUGUCUUCACAACACCGCAGGUCGGCUCGGCGGACGAUCCGGCAACCUCCUCACCCUUUUUGAAGGCCGGGCUUGAGGAACUAGCUGCCAAAAGGGCGGAGCUAUAUAUGGUGUCUCGAAAUAUUCUUGCGGAAUGCGGAAAGAAACGCGGAUGGUUCGAUGGAUGGACGAGUGUUCCAGUUAUAGGUGAAUCAACGAUGGUUGACCUGGUCGACAUCGACCUCGGCGACGACAGUGCGGCAAAACCGGCGAAAGACGACGAGGAAUCGGCCGAAAGAGAGCCUGUGGUGUCAGAAUGCGGUAUAGACAGCAAGCUACUAAGAACAGCGCUCGAUAAUAGUAACGACUUUUAUCGUUUAUACGAAACACUAGCCGAUAAGGCCCUCCGACAUUAUACCGUCGCAGAUCAUAUCCACUCGGUUCAAACCAGUAUGGCGGAUAUUGCGGUCUUGAAGUACCAUAUCGGCGAUUACGACUCAGCGUCAUCCUACUUCUGGAGAACGACCCCUUUUUUCGGAGAAAGCGGUUGGAGCCUCUUGGAGCUAUCUAUGCUUACCAUGUACUCGAGGUGUCUAAAACAGCUCCAACGUCAAGAGGAGUACGUCAAAGUCAUGUUGAAGCUGCUGACGAAGGCUGCUGCAGCGGAGAGAGACCGCCGAGCACAAAAGUCGGGAUUCCGGCGAGUUUUUGAGGAUAAUAUCGGCUUCCCCGAUAACGAGACUAUCAAGGGUUUUUUGGAUGACCUACUCCAAGUAACGAAAUCCCUGCCGAAUGAAUUGCGGAUACAGUUAUCUAGCUUCUUCUCCGCUCUGGAGGUCGAUGGACCCCCAGAGUACCACCAAGACCGGGACAGCAUAUCCCUUAACCUGAAAGUGAACAGCCUGCUAGUAGAUGAUCUCACACUCGACAGCGCACAGGUGCGAAUAGCCGAUACUACGGGUAGAUCCACCCGAGAAAUACUUUUCGAACUUUCAGAGCCGGCAACAAUCAAGCAGGGUAGGAAUAAGAUCAAGCUACACAGCAAUUCCGCCGUGCCAGGCUCUUAUGAGAUCGGCAAGAUAGAUCUUGUAGCCAGCAAUUUACGUCUCCAUCACGAGCGUGAGGUCGGCAAACCCCUAGACAAAGCUACCGACAUUCUCCUGUCACCUCACGUAUUCAUCUACCAUCGACCCGAUACGCUAGACGUGAGGUUAUACGCAUCAAAAGACAUUCAGUUAGAUCGACACAACAACGUCGAUAUCGAAUUAGAUUCUGGCUGGAAUAGUUUGCUUAAUGCUGAAAUCCGAGUUAAAGCGGCUACUGGGGGAUUGAGGCUCCUCACCAGUGAAGCAAAGUGUGUCGGUUCUUCGUCUAUCUCCUUCUCUAGGCCGCCAGAGGGUGGCCUGUUCUGUUUCGACUCUUUACCACAGCGCACGACCGCGCGAAUACGAUUCCCCUACACCGUAGAACAGGAGACCCUCAGCAUUUCUAUACGCAUCGAAGUAACUUAUACGACCGAACACGGCAAAUAUGUCUUCUCCAAGACACCCACCGUCGACACGGCUCUGGCCCUUGGAGUCAAUGUUCAGGAUGUUUUCAAACAUCACGCUCUCUUCUCCCGAUUUACCGUGUCGGCCGCAAACCAUAGUCCUCUACGGCUGUUUAAGAGUGAAUUAAUCAGCUCGGAUAUAUUUGAGUCUGAAUUCGGUACACCGUCGAGUGCCCCUGUCGUCAUUUUCCCGAAGCAGCCAGCUAGUCUGCUAUAUAAGAUCAUGCGAAAAUUGGACGUGAAGAUCCACCCGAAAACCCAGAAGACCAUGUAUCUGAAGUUAUGGUAUAGCGUCUUGCAAGAUGAGAUUGAAUCUCUGGUCCAGGACUCUCUAACCGAAUCUCUGAAAGACAACCCUCUACGCCCCUUUUCUCGUCUCCUCUGGUCGACGAUUCUUCCACAUCUCCGACGGUCUCUCACCGGAUACGAAGUCGAGCGCGUGGCCCUUGUCAGGUCCGUAUCGACUGCAUUCCUGUCUUCGGUCAACUGGACAAAGCAUCUCGGGGGGCUUGGCAGAGCGCCAGACGGCUCCGACUAUGCGCAGAUAUUGGCAGCCUACCUGCAGAGUUGGCAGGCGGAGAAUCCCCAACUCACCCUCGACAUCGACUUGGUGCCCGACGAGCCGCAAUCGAUCAUCAUCCCCGUAGACAUACCGUCGCUCACCAUCGUGCACACCGCCGACAUCCGGCUACAGCAACAGCCACCGCAGCCACAACUCACAUUUUCCGCCUCCUCCUCCUCCUCCUCCUCCGGCGUCGAGGCUAUUACCCCCGCCGUCUUCACCAACCAGCUGCUGCCAGCUAUUCUGCAGCUCAAGUGGACCCGCAUCUGGGACACGACGACGCCGGCCGCGGAGCAGACGGACCUGGAGUUUAGCUACGAGCUCGCGGCGCCGCAGGACACCUGGCUGCUCGGCGGGAGGCGCAAGGGCCACUUCGUCAUCCCCGCGGCGGCGGCCGCCGGCGAGGAAGAGGGGGACGAUGGCGGCAUCAGCAGCACGCCCGACACCGAGGCCGAGAUCCCGAUCCUCCUCAUCCCGCUGCGCGAGGGCUGGCUGCCGUACCCCACCGUCGAGAUCCGCGAAGUCCGGCCCGCCGCGCCCGACGGCGACGCCGCCGCUGCAGCCGCCGUCGACCCGUCGUCGCUGCCGGCCAACUUCGAGACCGACUUCCGCAACCUGGGCGAGACGAUCCGCGUCGUGGCCGACCGGGCGCGCGCCACGCUCAGCCUCGACGCGAGCGGGCCUAGCGGCGGCCCGCUCGUCCUCGAGGUCGAGAGGAGGCUGCCGGGGGACGUCAGUCUCGCGGGGGAAAUAGGGGUAGGUGCUGGGGAUGUGGGCAGGGGGGUUGCCUAGCGGCCGAUGUUGCGUGUUAUUAACAAAGGGGGUGGGGGAGGGGGUUCAUUCGGCCGGGGCGACCCAAGGCCACACGCCGCCUAUCACGUUCACUAGCAGAGGCAAGUAGGUUGGACAACGUCCGAGAAAACAAGUUUACCAGCGUAUCGUUUUUUUCCUUCCUUCUUGACAUUGCGGGUACUCGUCAGC